GGCAACUGUUGUGCCAGCGCUAAGCUAUCGCCACACGUGUUUGCAAGCAAAUUGAUAAAUAGGCGCUGGAAAUUAUAUUUAAAAGAGAUUUUUCAAUGGGUGCCACCAAAAAUAUGGAUUUAAUAGGCACAAUAGAAGACGAUGCCGAGGUGGAGAACCUUUCCGAGGACUCUGAUGCCGAAGUUGAGUAUCAACCCACGAAGCUGCGUCACAAAAAGGUAACCGAGUUUGAAAAGGGCUUCGAAUUUGUAUCCUCCGUUAAGGAGUACAAUCAGGAUACCUGGGAUGAUCUUAUGAAAUAUGUGAAAAGGAAAGCGAGAACAAAGACAGAUGACAAAAUUGCAGCACGUAUCCAGCAGAGGGGAGGAGAGACAAGUGCCGCUUUGGAUAGUGAUGAUGAUGAAAUUGAUCUAUCUGAAGAUGAACUGCAGCAUGAUAAUCUACGUCUACGUGAAAAGAAAGUCUCCAAGAAGAAGAAGAAGCAACAGCAAGAUGAUGACGAACAAGCGGACGAAGAUGAAGGAGAGAAAAUGCAAUUUGAUGACACUGUGGAGGCGAAUGAACAGAUAACUUCGUUUUAUCAAAUGAAUCUAUCACGUCCCCUAAUGCGUGCAAUUGGUGUAUUGGGUUAUAUCUAUCCCACACCCAUACAGGCCUCCACCAUACCCAUAGCCUUGCUGGGUAGAGAUAUUUGCGGUUGUGCCGCCACGGGAACAGGUAAAACAGCUGCCUAUAUGUUGCCCACGUUGGAAAGAUUACUCUACCGUCCGCUGAAUAACAAGACCAUAACACGUGUCCUGGUCUUGGUGCCCACCCGCGAGUUGGGUGCCCAAGUAUAUCAGGUGACCAAGCAACUUUGUCAAUUCACUAGCAUUGAUGUCGGUCUGGCCAUUGGUGGUCUCGAUGUGAAAGCCCAAGAGGCUGUGCUGCGACAGAAUCCUGAUAUUGUUAUUGCCACGCCAGGUCGUUUGAUAGAUCAUAUCAAGAAUACGCCUAGUUUCAGCUUGGACUCCAUUGAGGUUCUCAUUUUGGAUGAAGCUGAUCGUAUGUUGGAUGAAUAUUUCGCUGAACAGAUGAAGGAGAUUAUCAAUUCUUGUUGUAAAACCCGUCAAACGAUGUUAUUCUCGGCCACCAUGAGUGAACAAGUCAAAGAUUUGGCUGCCGUCUCACUGGACAAGCCCAUCAAAGUCUUUGUGAACAACAAUCAACAGGUGGCCUUCAAUUUGAGGCAGGAAUUCAUCCGUAUUCGUGAGGACAAGGAAGGCGAUCGUGAGCCCAUACUGGCCAGUUUGAUUUGUCGCACAUUCCAUGAUCAUUGCAUGGUCUUUGUGCAGACCAAAAAGCAGGCACAUCGCUUGCAUAUCCUUCUCGGACUUUUAAACGUACGGGCCGGAGAGCUUCAUGGGAAUCUCACCCAGCAGCAGCGUUUGGAAUCCUUGAAAAAGUUUAAGGAAGAACAAAUUGAUGUGCUAAUAGCCACCGAUGUGGCUGCUCGUGGUCUGGAUAUUGUUGGUGUCAAGACAGUCAUCAACUUUGUGAUGCCCAUCACGACGGAACAUUAUAUCCAUCGUGUGGGAAGAACAGCAAGAGCCGGGCGAGCAGGUAUAUCUGUCUCGCUGGCCGGUGAGAAGGAGCGAAAGAUUGUAAAGGACAUCAUUAAGAAUGCAGAAAGCAGUGUCAAGAAUCGUAUCAUUCCUCCAGAGAUCAUCGAGAAAUAUAGAAACAAAUUAACUGCCUUAGAGCCGGAAAUACAAAACAUCCUUGAUGAAGAGCAGGCAGAAAGACAAAUAGCCAAAACGGAACAGCAAUUGUCGAAAACAGAGCGCAAACUAUUGGGUCAACAGGGACAGGACAGACGUACCUGGUUCCAGACGAAACAGCAACGAGAACAGGAGAAAGCUCGCCUCGCUCUCACCCCCGAAGAUGAGGGAGCAGGUGGCAAGAAAUCUGGUAAACCCGGCAAAUCUGGUGCCAAGCGCAAGCGUCCAGAGUACGGCGGUGAUGGUGAAGAUGGUCCGCCAGUCGCAGAGUUGGAUGCCAAACGGAAUGCCAAAAAGAAGAAAAAGGAAGAGCCAAGAAAGAAAACACCCGAGCAGCUGGCCAAAGAGCGUGCCAUGAAAGAAAUCGAGCAGGUGUCCAUGGUACGAGCCAAAAUGGCUAAAUUGCGCAAGCGUCCAGGCAAAUUGGGUGCAGCCACUGAGGUUCAAUACAAGUCCACAGAUCGCUCUGCCGGAGGAUCAAGAAAGCAGCGACGUGGUGGAAAUUCUGCAUUCGCUAACGAUCUGACAGAUGUUAGUCGCAGUGGAGCCCUUAGAUUAAGAUCCGAAGCCAAUCGCCACAAGAAAAUGAGUAAAAUAGCUGCCAAAAAGAAAGUAAGCAGCGUGAAAUUAACCAACAAGGCGGGCAAAAACAAAUUCAACAAGGGCAAGAACUUUGGUGGACCACGUUACACCAAGAAGGAUAAAAAGAAAUAGACUAUUAACAAUGUUAGCAAUGUACAAAUAACAAGUUGUAUAAAAUAAAUCACAAAUUUUUAAAAAUGUUUAAA